AUGGAUCGCAAGCCGUGCAAGUCCGACCAAUCUGAUAAAGUAAGUGAAGCAUCAACAGCAUCAUGUUUGUCCAGAACGAGUACUUCUGUAUCCGAAGAUAGUAUACCUGCUAAACUUGAUCUUCCGUCAGAUUUUGAGAUUCUGUCGAAGCCACUAUUUCGAAUACCGCAGCAUCUGUUAAGAAACCCUUUACAAAAUGCGAAACAGAAGUCCAAAAAAACGCCCUCCAUGCUAAGCCAAGAGAGGCGCGACAGGAGUAACAGUUUGGUGACAAUCAGUCAAUCGCUCACGCAACAGAAAAAGAUGCGUGAAGAAUUUCGCAAAUGUCUUGUCGAGUUAAUCAUGGAGCAAGAGUCCGAACAAGAUGCGCCGGAAGGACCUCUCUCGGAAAGGGAUAGAUACACACUGCGUUAUUACUAUUACAUACAAUCUGGGGCAGACACUGUGCACGUCGCCCCCAUGGAAUCGAAUCUUAUGAGAAGAGUGAUGGGUUUAAUACCUGUUCGCCUGCAAAAAUGGACGAGUACUCUUGAUGCUUCUAAAGAUGAAAUGGAAGAAGAAUAUUUAUAUGGAGUUAAAAAAUCUAUUGUAGAUUUUGUUCUUAAGGAUGCAUCACAAAUCAAUGCGAGGAUUGAAGAAUUUUCAUCACCAGAAAGAAAAGAAUGCUCUGAAACAUUGAAAGUUUACAGAAACACUUUUGAUGCGAGUUCAAAAAGAAUCGAGCGCAUACUUCACAUUGUUAACCCUUGUGUUUUGAAAAGUUUAGAAGUUUGGAUACUUAAUUUUGAAAAUCUUCGUCUAAUAGAUAUAAACGUGUUGAAAAAUGCGAAAAAGGCUCCGGAUAUAAUAGGAUUCGCCAAGGAAAUUAAGAGACAUAUUGAUGGCGCCAGAAAAAUUCUUUUAACCAAAUGGUUUCUCCAACUGCAAGAAAUAUUUUUGCAGGGUUUUAAAAAAGGAAUAGUGCCAGAUAAUACAAGACCGAAGUCGUGCAGAAGAUUUUUCGAUUGCACUUCUGUAAUAAUGACAUACCAAAUCCAAACGCUUUGUUUGAAAAGCAUUCUCGAUUAUACAGCAUAUUUGAUGAAUGAAUCGCGCCAUUUCAAAGGAAUUCAGAUAAACCUUGUUGUUAAAAAUCAAGGUUUAAUAUUUGAUCCACCUUUCUACACAAUAGAAACCAUUGUACUGGAUGUAUUUGCUCAUUUAAUUAAAGCAGUAAAUAAUUUACCUCGGCUAGAAAUAAAGUUGUAUAUGGAUUAUGUUGGUGAACCAGAAUGUUUAAAGCCCGUGAUUUCUGAAGAAACGGUUGAAAGAUGCAGGAAAAAGAUUCACAACCUAAUGGAAAAAGAAAAAUUGAAACCUUUGCAUCAUGUUCAGGACUUUAUCAAUUAUGUAGAAUUAAUUAACGGACGGAUGGAGGAAAAAAUAGAUAUGUUUAUUUCCGAGCCUCAUGAUUUUGAUGAAUAUUGCUUAGCAAUAGAUGCUAUGAUCAAAAAAGCUGAAAAUAUUCCACUUGAAUUGGAGCACGUGCUUUCAUUAGGCUUCUUUGAAAUGCAUAGAGAAGAUUUGAUACAUGCCUUGGUUAACGCUGCAAAUAAAUUUAAAGACAGACUUAUAAAUCACUUAAUUGAAACUUAUCAAGAACAAAUGCGAUUGCUUGGAGAUGAGUAUACUGGAAUAUCAGAACAUGCAAAUGUUCUACCUCUGAACACUGCCGAGCUGAUGGAAUACAGUGCAUACGAAUUAGAGUGCGAGACUCAUUUCUUAUAUGCGAUGGAGGACAAAUUGCGCGAAUUACUUAGACAAAUAUUAAUACUAUCUGAUUAUCAGCCGUUGCAAUCUAUGGAAAUUAAGCAGAAUAACUUCACAUUUCAGAGCUACCUUCAAUUUCCUUCCGUCAUAGAUGAUAUGAAAGAAGUGAUUGAAGACAAAACUAUUCAAUUCAAAGAAGAAUUACGAGUGCGAAUUGAUAAAUUUAUUAAUGAAUUAGAAAAAUACGCAACACAAAUUGAGGAAUAUUCGAGCUGGGGUGAUUUUGAUGACCUUUUUAAAUAUCGAAAGAAAGCUACUGCUCUGGACAAUAAACUUAUAGCAGCUAUGGAGAAAAUUGAUAAGAUCAAUGAAGAAGAAGUCGCAUUUGGAUUUGAAACAACUCAAUACCCUCUUCGAAAACAAGUUCAUGACAAGCUGGGACCAUAUAAAAAGUUGUACGAUAACUGCGCACUUUAUUUGGAAAGUUACGAUCUGUGGAUGAACUCAAAGAUUGGCUCAUUUGAUCCAGAACAAAUUGAUUCAGAUGUAACAACAUUCUACAGAACUGUUUAUAAACUUGAAAAACAGUUCGGAGACGUGCAACCUGCACCCCGAGAUAUCGCUGUAGAGGUGCGCGAACGUAUCGAAGACUUCAAGGAACGAAUGCCUAUUAUUCAAACUUUGGGUAAUACUGGUAUGAAAAAGCGUCAUUGGGAUCGUGUGUCUGAUGUCGUUGGAAUACCAAUACAAUUCGAUGAGAAAUUAACACUGGCUAAAGUUAUUGAUUAUGGAUUCGAUGAAUUUGUCUCGCAAUUUGAAGCUAUCUCAGAAGCAGCUACUAAAGAGAAUAAUCUCGAAAAAGUUCUUUACAAAAUGCAAUCUGAAUGGGCUGAUAUUGCAUUCAGUGUUAACGUUUACAAAGAUACUGGCACUUGGAUUUUGGCAGCUGUUGAUGAUAUCCAACUACUUUUAGAUGACCAUAUAGUCAAAACGCAAACAAUGAUGGGGUCACCAUAUAUAGGACCGUUUGAAGGCCCAACAUCUAUAUGGGAAAAGAAGUUGAUGUCAUUACAAGAAAUAUUGGAUGAGUGGCUGAAAGUUCAAGCAACAUGGAUGUACUUAGAACCCAUUUUUUCUUCGCCUGAUAUUCAGCAACAAAUGCCUGAAGAAGGCAGAAGAUUCAGCGCUGUGGAUAAAAUGUGGCGAGAUAUUAUGAAAUCCGUUGCAGAAAAUUCCAGAGUGUUAGACGUUAUUGAAAUUGAUAAAAUGUCAGAAAGGUUGAAAAAAUGCAACAAUCUAUUAGACGAAAUUACAAAGGGUCUCAAUGCUUACCUAGAGAAAAAGCGAUUAUAUUUCCCAAGGUUUUUCUUCUUAUCAAAUGACGAGCUACUAGAAAUAUUAUCUGAAACUAAGGAUCCUACCAGGGUUCAACCGCAUUUAAAGAAAUGCUUCGAAGGUAUUGCCAGACUAUCAUUCACUGAAGACAUGGAUGUUACAACGAUGAAGUCGAGUGAAGGCGAAGUUGUACCAUUAGUAGAUGUUAUACAGACGGCUUUAGCUCGAGGAGCUGUCGAAAAAUGGCUAGUCGAAUUAGAGACAGACAUGAAAAAAUCGGUUCAUUUUAUGGUGAAAGGCUCUUUCGAAAAUUACCCGGAGGUAGUGAGGCAUUUCUGGGUAUUGCAGUGGCCUGGACAGUGUGUGCAAGCAAUUGCAAUGACCUAUUGGACCUUAGAAAUUCACCAAGGCUUUGAAGCCGGAGGCAAUGCACUAAGCGAAUAUCUGGAUAAAUGUAAAUUUCAAAUAUCUAAGAUUGUAGACUUAGUAAGAGGAAGACUAAAUGAACAGAAUAGGAAGACGUUAUCUGCUUUAAUUGUGUUGGAUGUGCAUGCACGUGAUGUUUUAGCCGAGUUGGUCGAAUUCAAAGUCAUUAGAGAUGAUGAUUUCAAGUGGUUGGCUCAGAUGCGAUAUUAUUGGGCAGAUAACAAUUUAACCACGAAAAUGAUAAACUCCAUGCUGCCAUAUGGCUACGAGUAUUUAGGCAAUACUGGUCGUCUGGUCAUCACACCACUGACUGAUCGAUGUUACAGAACAUUGUUUGGUGCUUUACAUCUUCAUUUGGGUGGUGCUCCUGAAGGCCCGGCUGGUACGGGUAAAACUGAAACCACGAAAGAUUUAGCAAAAGCCGUUGCGAAGCAAUGCGUUGUGUUUAACUGUUCAGACGGUUUAGAUUAUAUUGCCCUUGGAAAAUUUUUUAAGGGUUUGGCUUCUUGCGGAGCCUGGUCAUGUUUCGAUGAGUUCAAUCGAAUUGAUUUAGAAGUAUUGUCUGUGGUGGCACAACAGAUUUUAACCAUACAGCGCGGUAUUAUGGCAGGUGUUGAGAAACUUAUGUUCGAAGGAACUUUGUUGAAUCUUGAUCCUACUUGCGCCGUAUUUAUUACCAUGAAUCCAGGUUAUGCCGGACGUAGUGAGUUGCCUGAUAAUCUAAAGGCGUUGUUCAGAUCGGUAGCUAUGAUGGUGCCAGAUUAUGCAAUGAUUUCAGAAAUUGAGUUAUAUGCAUCAGGAUAUUUAACAGCAAAACCGUUAGCUAUCAAAAUUGUGGCUACUUAUAAAUUAUGCUCAGAACAGUUGUCAUCACAACAUCAUUACGAUUACGGAAUGCGAGCUGUCAAAUCAGUUUUAAGAGCAGCAGCUACGUUAAAGCUACGCUAUCCAGAUGAGCUAGAAGAUAUUAUUGUACUACGAUCUAUCAAAGACGUAAAUUUACCCAAAUUCUUGAACCACGAUAUACCUUUGUUUAUGGGCAUUACUUCGGAUUUGUUCCCGGGCGUAGUUUUACCAGAGCCGGACUACGUUGCCUUUAACAGAGCAGUUGGGGAUGCUUGCGUGACGAUGAACAUGCAAUGCACUGAUUUCUUCUUAGAAAAAAUUCAACAGAUUUAUGAAAUGAGCAUAGUAAGACACGGAUUCAUGAUUGUGGGUUUACCAUUUGGUGGCAAAACAGCUGCAUAUAGAGUUUUGGCAGUCGCACUAGGAUACCUUGAAGAUAGGGGUGAGAUGGGCGAACAUCGCGCAGUGUAUACUGUGAUAAAUCCUAAAUCUAUCACCAUGGGUCAACUUUAUGGACAAUUUGAUCCUGUAUCACAUGAAUGGUCUGAUGGUAUAUUGGCCGUCAGUUAUCGAGAGUUUGCUAAUUCUACCACACCUGAUAGAAAAUGGCUUAUUUUUGAUGGUCCUGUUGAUGCCGUGUGGAUUGAAAACAUGAAUACAGUGUUGGACGAUAAUAAAAAGUUGUGUCUGAUGUCAGGCGAAAUUAUUCAGUUGGCGCCAACAACAAAUCUGGUUUUUGAGCCAAGAGAUUUAGAUGUUGCUUCACCCGCAACGGUAUCCCGUUGUGGAAUGAUUUAUAUGGAACCGACUACUUUAGGAUGGGAACCUUUGUUGUAUUCAUGGCUCAAUACGCUUCCUGCGGCUUUACAUGAUUUAAAUAAAAAGCAAUUAUUGAGUAUGUUUAUGAGAUUUUGUGAACCGUUGUUCUGGAUUACUAAGAGAGGAUUUGCGAAACAAGUAUCCGCGUGUUCACAGUCAAACAUGGCAAAAUCGUUAAUGAAUUUAUUCGAUUGCUUUUUGGAUGACUUCAGAGAUGAAAAAUAUUUAGAGAACAUAUCAGAUCUCGAUGUUCGUGCUCAACUCGAGGGUGUUUUCUUUUUCUCGUGCAUUUGGUCAAUAGGUGGACCGUUGGAUACGGAUGGCCGGAAUCUGUUUUCCACAGUAUUUCGUGGUCUUUUGGAAAAAGAAUUUCCAGCUGAAUUAUAUAAAAACUUGGGAAUGUUUAUGGAAAUACCGCCUCCUCAUAAACCUUAUAUAUUUUUGAUACCUAAAGAUAAUUCAGUUUUCGAUUAUCGAUAUAUAAAAGAGGGCAAGGGUAAAUGGAAACCUUGGUCAGAUGAAUUGCAAUAUGCACCACCCAUUCCACGUGAUAUACCAGUUAACCAGAUUCUUGUUGCGACUGUAGAUACCAUAAGAACAGUUGCUCUUCUCACAUUGUUAGUUCAGCACCAGAAAGCACUACUUUUUGUUGGACCCACUGGCACAGGAAAAUCUGUAUAUACUAUCGAUUUCUUGCUGAAGAAGAAUGAUACUGUGAAGUAUAAACCUCUCUUUAUAAACUUUUCUGCUCAAACUUCGGCUAAUCAAACUCAAGAUAUAAUUAUGAGUAAGCUGGACAAAAGACGAAAAGGUGUUUACGGUCCACCACCAACAAAAAAGUGCGUGAUAUUUGUCGAUGACGUUCAGAUGCCAAUUAAGGAAACAUAUGGUGCUCAGCCUCCCAUAGAACUGUUGCGAAUGUGGUUUGAUCACGAAAUCUGGUACGACAGGAAAGAAGUCGUCGCAAUGAAAAUAAUAGAUAUUCAAUUUAUUUGCGGAAUGGGUUUGACUGGUAACACCGUCACGGAACGAUUUUUGCGCCACUUCAAUACUAUAGCCAUCAGUGAGUUUACGGACUCAAUAAUGACAGCAAUUUAUACUAAGAUCAUGCAGUGGCAUAUUGAUGUCAUGGGUUUUGAGAAAGAUUUUGAUUACAUUAUUUCUCAAAUAGUCGAGGCUACGCUUAUUAUUUAUAAAGAGAGUCGUCUAAACUUACUUCCCACGCCUGCUAAAUCGCAUUACUUAUUCAACCUACGAGAUUUUUCUAGGGUAAUACAAGGUGUUUUACUCUCCGUUCCAGCUAGUUGUCCUGAUAUAUUAUCAAUGAAAAAGCUUUGGGUUCAUGAAAUAUUGAGAGUGUAUUGUGAUCGACUGAUUGAUGAUGGAGAUAGAGGAUGGCUUUGUAAAAAAAUAAACAAUGUAUGCUCCGAAAUACUCUUAGAAGAUUUGGCCGAAAUGUUUCCUAAAAUAGGCAAAUUACCAGGACAAGAAGUUAACGAAAAUGACUUACGUCAAGUGAUGUAUUGUGAUUUCACAAAUCCUUUUGCUGAUCGUAGAUUAUAUUUAGAAGUAGAAGAUCCUGAAGCACUAACGGAGGUCGUGGAAGGUUAUCUAGCGGAAUAUAACAGCAUGACCAAAAAACCUAUGAAUUUAGUUCUGUUCACAUUUGCUAUUGAACAUUUAUCAAGAUCUUGUCGUGUACUAAAGCAACCUAGAAGUCAUGGUUUAAGCGUCGGUGUCGGUGGAUCUGGUCGGCAGUCGCUAUCGAGAUUAGCUGCUCAUAUAACUGAUUAUGAAUUAUCUCAGGUUGAAAUUACAAAGCAAUAUGGCGUCGUCGAGUGGCACGACGAUAUGAAGCUAGUACUAAGAAAGGCCAGUGCAUCAGAUCAGCAUUGUGUGUUUUUAUUUACUGAUACCCAAAUUAAAGAAGAAAGCUUUUUAGAGGAUAUUAGUAAUUUAUUAAACUCAGGAGAAAUUCCGAAUCUGUUUGCAACAGAAGAUAAAAUAGAUAUUUGCGAGAAGAUGCGGCAAAUCGAUAGACAAAGAGAUAAGUCGGUACAAACCGAUGGUAGCCCGGUGGCUCUUUUCAAUUUAUUUGUAACUAUUGUAAGGGAACAACUGCACAUUGUGGUAUGCAUGAGUCCCAUCGGUGACAGUUUUCGAAAUCGAAUGAGAAAGUUUCCGGCUAUUAUUAACUGCUGUACAAUCGAUUGGUUUCAGCCAUGGCCGCAAGAUGCUUUGGAGGCUGUAGCAAAGCGUUUUUUAUCCACAGUUGAACUUACUGAUUUGGAAAGAAAUGCAGCGAUCGAAAUGUGUCAAACUUUUCACACAUCUACAGAAAUAUUAUCUGCAGAAUUUUUAAGCCGAUUGAACAGGCAUAAUUAUGUAACGCCAACUUCAUAUUUGGAAAUGAUUAAUACUUUUAAAACGUUGCUGGCUCGAAAAAGAAAUGAGAUAACAACUGCAAAAAAUCGUUAUGAGACAGGUCUUAUGCAACUGGAUUCAGCAGCUGGUCAGGUAGGAGUCAUGCAAGAAAAUUUAGAAGCUCUACAACCUCAACUGAUAGAAGCCGCAGCCAAUGUGCAAGUUAUUGUAGCAAAGGUUGAACAUGAAAGCGCCGAGGCUGAGGAAGUAGCUAAAAUUGUUGCGGCUGAUGAAAUGGUUGCAAACGAACAGGCUGAAGCAGCUCAACUGAUCAAAGAUGAGUGCGAUGCAAAUUUAGCAGAAGCUAUGCCUAUUCUAGAUGCGGCCUUAGCUGCCCUUAACACUUUAACACCGGCUGAUAUUACAAUUGUAAAGACCAUGAAAAAUCCGCCAAAGGGCGUCAAGCUUGUCAUGGAAGCUGUUUGUAUUUUAAAAGAUAUAAAGCCCGAAAAAAUACCAGCACCAGGCGGCAUGGGAGGUACCGUAGAAGAUUAUUGGGGUCCAUCCAAAAGGUUACUAGGAGACAUGAAAUUUUUGGAAGGUUUACUAUUGUUUGAUAAGGAUAAUAUACCUCCAGCUAUUAUGAAGAAGUUACACGAUCGUAUGUUACACAAUGAAGAGUUCGAUCCAGAGAAAGUGAAGACUGCAUCGACUGCUUGUGAAGGUUUAUGCAAAUGGAUCAUAGCUAUUUCCAAAUAUGAUGUGGUCGCCAAAAUUGUUGCUCCGAAGAAAUUGGCCUUAGCUAAAGCUGAAGCAGAGUACAAUACUGCCAUGGCAGCUUUGGAAAUCAAGAGACAGAUGUUGAGGGAUGUGCAAGAAAAGAUUGCAAAAUUAACUAAAGAACUCGACAAACAGAAAACAAUAUUUAAUAUAUUAAAUGAUGAGGCAGAAUUGUGCGCCUUGAAACUUCGUCGAGCUGAAGAACUGAUUGGUGGAUUAGGUGGCGAGAAAACUAGAUGGAGACUAACAGCGGAUCGCAUGGGAGAAUUAUACUAUACAUUAACUGGUGAUAUUCUCAUUGGCUCGGGUGUCGUUGCAUAUCUUGGACCUUUCACGACAUUAUUUCGUUCUAAGCAAAUCGUUGCUUGGAAUAAAGUUUGCAAAACUCUGAGAGUCAUUUGCUCUGAUGAUUUUCAAUUGGCACCGGUUUUGGGAGAGCCAGUAGAUAUUAGAAGUUGGAUCAUUCAUGGUCUGCCCAGCGAUUCAUUCUCGGUGGAAAAUGGCAUUAUAAUGCAAAAUGCUCGAAGAUGGCCAUUAAUGAUUGAUCCCCAAACCCAAGCCAAUAAGUGGAUUAAAAACAUGGAACGAAUAAACCAUUUGAGCGUUAUUAGAUUGACACAGGGCGAUUAUGUUCGCAUUCUUGAAAACAGCAUUCAAUUUGGGCAACCGGUUUUGUUAGAGAAUGUUGGCGAAGAAUUAGAUCCAGUCCUAGAGCCUUUAUUGCAACAACAAACAUUUAAACAAGGUGGUGCUUUAUGUAUUAAACUAGGCGAUAACGUUGUUGAAUAUAAUUUGGAUUUCAGAUUUUAUAUAACAACUAAAUUGCGAAAUCCUCACUAUCUACCAGAAGUGGCUGUUAAGGUAACAUUACUGAAUUUUAUGAUAACUGUAGAUGGUCUUGAAGACCAGCUUCUCGGUAUAACUGUGGCAAAGGAACGGCCCGACUUGGAAGCAGAAAAAAAUCAGCUUAUUGUUCAAGGUGCCGAUAAUAAAAGAAUGUUAAAAGAAAUAGAAGAUAAAAUUUUGAUGGUGCUGUCAUCUGAAGGGAAUAUUCUUGAAGAUGAAACUGCUGUUCAGAUUUUAAGUUCUUCAAAACAGUUGUCAGAUGAAAUUGCUGUUAAACAAGCUGCAGCUGAAAUUACAGAAAAGCAAAUCGAUACGGCUCGUCUUGCAUAUACCUCCAUUGCCGAGCAUGUCACUGUACUGUUCUUCACUAUAGCUGAUUUAACAAACAUUGAUCCUAUGUAUCAAUAUUCUUUGGCGUGGUUUGUUAAUUUAUAUGGUUCUGCAAUAGAAAAUACGGAACAAGAUGACGAUGUGCCGACAAGACUAAAAAUAUUGACAAAGUAUUUUACAUACUCAUUGUAUUGUAAUAUUUGCAGAAGCUUGUUUGAAAAGGAUAAAUUGUUAUUUUCUCUACUUUUAUGUGUUAAUUUAUUGAAAAACAAAGGACAUAUUGAUAUUGCUGAAUGGAUGUUUUUACUCACAGGAGGCGUUGGUCUUGAUAAUCCACAUCCUAACCCUGCUGCUUGGCUCCCAGCAAAAUCUUGGGAUGAGUUAUGUCGUUUGAAUGACUACGGAAACUUCAAAGGAAUAAAGAAGCAUUUCGAAACUAAUACUGCUGGAUGGCAAGAGUUUUUUGAUGGACCAACACCACAAUCUGCAGACAUGCCUUCACCGUAUAACGAGUCAAGUACGAAGUUCCAGAAAUUACUUAUUUUGAGAGUUAUUCGCCCUGAUAAAUUGGUGCCUGCUGUUCAAUCUUAUGUAUCAGACAAUUUAGGAAAGGAAUUCGUAGAACCACCACCAUUCGAUUUAGCUUCUGCCUUUACCGACUCACAUUGUUGCAUACCUUUGAUUUUUGUUCUGACACCAGGAGCGGAUCCUACAGCCACUUUGUUGAAAUUUGCGGAUGAUCAAGGUUUUGGUGCUAAUAGGUUGUUUUCAUUAUCAUUGGGCCAAGGGCAAGGUCCUAUAGCAACCCGAUUACUUGAUGAUGGUGUUCGCAAUGGCACAUGGGUUGUUUUACAGAAUUGCCAUUUGGCAAAGAGCUGGAUGAAGACAUUGGAAAAGAUUUGUGAAAAUCUGGCACCAGAAACAACACAUCCAGAUUUCCGUUUGUGGCUGACUUCCUAUCCAUGUGAUCACUUUCCUGUGAGCGUUUUGCAAAAUGGUGUAAAAAUGACUAAUGAACCACCUAAAGGUUUACGUGCUAACAUUGUACGAUCAUAUUUGAGUGAUCCGAUUUCGGAUCCGGAAUUCUUUGAGAGUUGCAAACAAUCAGAAACAUUCAAGAAAAUGCUUUACGCGCUUUGCUUUUUCCACGCUCUCGUUCAGGAAAGGCGAAAAUUUGGACCGAUAGGUUGGAAUAUACCUUACGAGUUCAACGAAACAGAUCUUCGUAUAUCUGUUCUUCAGCUGCAGAUGUUCUUGAAUCAAUACAACGAUGUGCAAUAUGAAGCCUUAAGAUAUUUAACUGGAGAAUGCAACUACGGAGGUCGUGUAACUGACGAUUGGGACAGAAGAUGCUUAAUAACAGUGCUCAACAAAUUCUACUGCCCUGAACUAGUUGAAACUGAUACAUACAAGUUUGAUGAUUCAGGAUUAUAUUAUGCGCCGAAUCUGAAGGAAUAUGAUGCGUAUAUAAUGUAUACGAAAAAUUUGCCACUUCUCACUAAACCGUCAGUAUUCGGCCUUGGUGAUAACGCUGAUAUUAUGAAAGAUCAACAAGAAACUAAUCUCAUGUUGUCGAGUAUUCUUCUUACACAGGUUCAUCAAAUUAUACAUUACAUUAUUAUAAUAUUGUGACAAAAAAGUGAUAAAAAACCUCAUUUACUGGUGAAAUUAAUUAAAAUAUUCAAUCCAUUACAGGACACCAUGUCCGCUUCUUCUUCAGAAGGCGGCCAGUCAUCCGACGAGUUGAUUUUAACAAUAUCAAGUGACAUUUUAUCCAAACUUCCUCCCGAUUUUGAUCGAGAUCUCACCAUGCUCAAAUUUCCAACAACUUACAUGCAGAGCAUGAACACUGUUCUUGUUCAAGAAAUGGGAAGAUUCAAUGUGUUGCUACAGUGCAUUCGUAGUAGUUUGAUAACAGUAAAAAAAGCAAUAAAAGGUUUGGUUGUAUUAUCCGUAGAGAUUGAAAAUGUGAUCACCAGUAUGCUCACUUCCAAAAUACCUAGUUUGUGGAUGGAAAGAUCUUACCCGUCAAUGAAACCCCUCGGAUCAUACGUAAUAGAUUUCUUGGCGCGUUUGAAAUUUUUGCAGGAUUGGUACGAAUAUGGGGCUCCUAUAGUAUUUUGGAUUUCCGGAUUUUAUUUCACACAGGCUUUUUUGACUGGAGCACAACAGAAUUAUGCUCGAAAAUAUACGAUACCAAUCGAUCUUCUCUCAUUUGAUUACGAGAUUAUGAGUCAGGAUGACUUUGCAGAGCCGCCAGAAGAUGGAGUUUACGUCAAGGGAGUUUUUAUGGACGGUGCACGUUGGGAUAGAUCAAAGAUGGCUAUUGCAGAAUCAUUUCCAAAAAUUCUUUUUGAUACCUUUCCUAUAAUACUUAUGAUUCCUCUGAAGCGUGAUGAACUGAAACCAAAACCGAUUUACGUGUGUCCACUUUAUAAAACUUCGGAUAGAAGAGGAACUUUAAGUACGACUGGUCAUUCCACAAAUUUUGUAAUUGGAAUGCUGAUUCCGUCAGAUAAACCGCCAAAGCAUUGGAUUCUUCGUGGUGUUGCCAUGCUUUGUCAACUUUCCAUGUAA